UCCGAUACGUCGACCCAAGAUGACGGGACACACGUUGUACGUUCAGGUUGGGUCCAGGUCUCUCCGCUGUGCCGAGCUAGGCUGGUCGCGGUAACUUUUAGGCAUGUGCGACCGGCGUUCAGGGCAGCUGCGAACACAAACUGAAGCUCUACGUUUUCUCACCUGUUUGCGCUCUUACCAGGGCUUGAGCUGCAGGCGGACAAGCCUCCUUCCUGCCCCUUCUCCCCACGCGGAAAGCUAAGGGAGGCCCCUGGGGUGCCGAGGACGGAGCUCCAAGCCGAGAGUGUGGAGGCACGUCUACGCGGUCCCGCCGGCCAGGGAAGGAGCGGGGACCGCCCUGAGCGCUGCAGCUGCACAAUUCCGGCGGCUGCUACCUGGUGGACUUCAGACCCAAGGGAGGUGGUAGCAAAAGCCACCUGGUGACUGGUGUGAGAUGGGACGGACCUCGAAAGACAAGCGGGAUGUCUACUACCGCCUGGCCAAGGAGAAUGGCUGGCGUGCCCGCAGCGCCUUCAAACUGCUACAGCUGGAUGAGGAGUUCCAGCUCUUUAAAGGUGUGACACGGGCGGUUGACCUGUGUGCAGCCCCAGGCAGCUGGAGCCAGGUGCUGAGCCAGAAGAUUGGGGGCCAAGGGUCUGGCCAAGUGGUGGCUGUGGACCUGCAAGCUAUGGCUCCGCUACCAGGUGUGACCCAGAUCCAAGGGGACAUCACCCAGCUGUCCACUGCCAAGGAGAUCAUCCAGCAUUUUGAGGGCUGCCCUGCAGACCUAGUGGUGUGCGACGGGGCUCCUGAUGUAACUGGCCUCCAUGACGUAGAUGAGUACAUGCAAGCCCAGCUCCUCCUAGCAGCUCUGAAUAUUGCCACACACGUCCUAAAGCCAGGGGGCUGCUUCGUGGCCAAGAUAUUCCGAGGCCGGGAUGUGACGCUGCUCUACAGUCAGCUGCGCAUCUUCUUCUCCAGCGUGCUCUGUGCCAAGCCCAAGAGCAGCCGGAACUCCAGCAUUGAGGCCUUUGCUGUCUGCCAGGGUUACGACCCUCCUGAGGGCUUCAAGCCAGACCUGAGCAAGCCCCUGCUGGACCACUCGUACGACCCAGAUUUCAACCAGUUGGAUGGACCCACCCGCAUCAUUGUGCCUUUUGUGACCUGUGGGGACCUGAGCGCCUAUGAUUCAGACCGCAGUUAUCCACUGGACCUACAGGAUGGCUCUGAGUACAAGUACACCCCACCCACCCAGCCCCCCAUCGCACCCCCGUACCAAGAGGCCUGUGUGUUGAAGAAGACUGGCCGGCUAGCCAAGGAGAUCCGCCCUCAGGACUGCCCCAUCAGCAGAGCGGACGCAUUGUCCCAGCCCCUGGCUGCCCCUCAGUGCCACACCCAGCUUGCCCCUGAGAUGGAAGAGAAUGAAAUUGAAAUGAACUGUUCACAUUAACGUGGUGAGCUGGCAAGCUGAUAGAAACACCAAAGCUGCUUGUGAUCAGGAAAGCCAGAACUCGAACCUAUUUUUAAAAUGUCAUCAGUGGAGCCCGAACAAGCAAGCCACAUGUUGGAAUCUGCAAUGGUCACCACAAAGACACCAAGGAAAGAAACAACACGAGUCUGUCGAAUUCCUGACUGAGGCUUCGCCUCGUGUCGAUACCUCUCCAGGGGUGUCGUAAUUAUGUCCACAACUCCCUCCUAAAGCAAAGACUUUUAACUUGGAUAGAAAUGAGGGUAUCCAUGAAUUUGAUGGAGGAAAAUGUCGCACCUUUUCAUGAAUGACUCAAAUUUAGCUUGGUUCCCAGUUAGGAAUGCUGGCAACAAGUCACAAUAGGAAAAGCAAUACGUGUGAUUUUCUCACUGACACAAAAUACCCUUUUUUAAGUUAUGUUACAGUUGAAGGCAUAUGACAAUAUUUUUCAUAUUUGUCACUGCUAUGAAUGAUGGCAGAUUUUAUAAUUCGGUGUUCUAAUUAAAAAAGAAGCCCCAUAUGUUACUGCACCCCAAUUUUGUUUCAAUUUCAUACGUAUUAAUAAUUAAAUUUCAGUAUAGUGGGUUCCCAUUGUAAUACAGUGUAUAGGGUGCUUCAAAAAGUUCAUGGAAAAUGGAAUUAGAUAUAAGUUUAUUUUGGCAUAAAAAUGUUUGAGGUUCAUGCAUAUGAGGAGUCUUCCCAAAAAGUUGUAUAAAAUGCAUAUUAUAAGAAGACUGCAUGAAUUUCAA